AUGUCUUUUGAAGUGUUUAUUGAGCAUAUCUAUGACAAUCCGUACGAUUAUUUAUCACGGCGCUAUCUACGGGAUGCAAAUAAUCCUAUGGAGUUCUAUGAUGAAUGUGAAUUUAAAAAUAGAUUUCGCUUUACUAAAGAUGUUCUGACGAGAUUACUUUUGCCCUUAUUAUUUCAAAAUAAUGGUGGUGGCAAUAGGCGUGGAUUGCCUAUUUCACCUGUAAUUCAAGUGCUACUUGCACUACGAUUUUACGCAACUGGAAACUUUCAAAUUGUUUGUGGAGAUUUGCAUAAGAUUAACCAGUCUACAGCGUCCAAGUUUGUAGCAAAAAUAUCAAAAGCUUUAGCUUUAAAAGUAAGGCAAUUCAUAAAAUUUCCAAAUGUCUCCGAGCAAGGCAAUGUUAAAGUUAUGUACCAUCGCAUUGCUGGAUUUCCUGGAGUUAUAGGAUGUAUUGAUUGCACCCAUAUACCAAUAAAAAAUCCAAACCGACAAAUUGGUAGUGUUUCGCAACCGAAAGGGUUGGUUUUCCAUCAAUGUGCAACUCGUAUGCGGUCCACUAAUGGAAAUAUA